AUGGCGACCGCGGUGGCAACCGACUCCUACGCGGAACUGAAGGCCCGCACCAAGGCCGCGGGGCAGCAGCAGGUGCUGGAAGACUGGGACGCUCUGACACCAGAGGAGCAGGCGGCACUGGCUAGCGAGGUCAAGGACCUCGACUUUGGCUUCAUCCGCAGCGCCCUCACCGCCAGCCUGGCCAGCGCCGGCGCCGCCGGCGAGGGCGCCAAGCCCGUGGCCGGCGUUGUGCAGCUGGGGGCUGGCGGCGCGACUGACGAGGAGCGCAGGGGGUGGCGCGACCUGGGCCUGCGGCUGGUUGCCGAGGGCAAGGUGGCUGUGCUGCUGCUGGCGGGCGGCCAGGGCACUCGGCUCGGCAGCAAGCUCCCAAAGGGCUGCUACGACAUCGGCCUGCCCUCCCACAAGAGCCUCUUCCAGCUGCAGGCCGAGCGCCUGCUGGCGCUGCAGCGGCUGGCGGCGCAGGCCGGCGGCGGGCAGGGCAAGGCCCUGCAGUGGUUCAUCAUGACGAGCCCCUUCACCCAUGCGGACACAGUGGCGCACUUUGAAGCGGGCGGCUACUUUGGUUUGGACAAGGCCCAGGUGACCUUCUUCCAGCAGGGCUUCCUGCCCUGCAUGACAGAGGAGGGCCAGAUCAUCAUGGAGACCAGCAGCAAGGUCGCCAAGGCGCCCGACGGCAACGGCGGCCUGUACCGCGCGCUCCACGUCAGCGGCGCGCUGGCGGCCAUGCAGGCGGCCGGCGUGGAGGCCCUCGACGUGUACUGCGUCGACAACAGCCUGGCCCGCCUGGGGGAUCCCGAGUUCGUCGGCUGCUGCUACGCCCGCGGCACGCAGGUGGGGGCGCGUGUGCUGGCUAAGGCCCACCCCGAGGAGAAGGUCGGCGUCUUCGCGGCCACGCCAGAGGGCCGGCUGCAGGUCCUGGAGUACUCUGAGCUGGACCCCGCCAAGGCGUCCUCUAUCGACCCCGCCACCGGCCAGCUGUACUUCAACUGGUCAAACAUCUGCAUGCACUACUUCAGCAUCGACUGGCUCGCGGCCACGGUCAAGGCGCUGUCUGGCCCGGGGGCUGCGUACCACAUCGCCCGCAAGGCCAUCCCCUCCAAGGGCGGCUCCAAGACGCCCGGCGUAAAGCUGGAGAUGUUCAUCUUCGACCCCUUUGCCACCGCCGACAAGACCACGCUGUUCGAGGUGGCUCGGGAGGACCACUUCGGGCCGGUCAAGAACGCCCCCGGCAGCGACACAGACUCCCCAGACACGGCGCGCGCCCUGCUCCUCGCGCAGGGCGCCCGCUGGGCCGCCGCCGCGGGCGCCAAGGUCGCGCAGGACAGCGCGGGGCUGGAGGUGCCGGCUCUGGUGUCGUACGCAGGGGAGGGGCUCGAGGGGCUGGUGGGCGGCCUGGAGGUCGCCGCGCCGGGGCCGUGGCUGCUGGGCGCGGACGGGCGGCUGGACGCCUGA